AGGCUCUUUGACACGAGAGAGAAGCAAGAAUCUCUUCUUUUUGCGACGCUUUCCGUCGCAAGGUACCAAAACCCAGCAACAAUGCUUCUCUUCUUCGUGCUCUUCCUCGCCGCCGGCACCAACCCCUCCUUUGUCCAUGCUCAACCACUCCCUCCGAGCCCGAGCGCAAGUCCAAGUCUGCGCCCCAAAAGCAUCUUCCUCCUUGCCGGGCAGAGCAACAUGGCCGGCCGAGGCGGAGUGGUCAACGGCACAUCCACCGGUUGGAUCGCCACAUGGGACGGCAUCGUCCCUCCCGAGUGUGGUCCUAACCCGUCAAUCCUCCGGCUCACAGCGAACCUCACAUGGGUCAAGGCACGGGAGCCGCUCCACGCGGACAUCGACACAAACAAGACAAACGGGAUCGGCCCCGGCAUGGCAUUCGCCAACACCAUCCUAGGCCAGGAUCGGAGUCUUGGCUCGGUGGGGCUGGUGCCGUGCGCGGUCGGCGGGACGAGGAUAAGCGAGUGGGAGAGAGGGUCGUUCUUGUACGACCAGUUGAUGAGGCGGGCGCGAGCGAGGACGAGUGACGGCGGGACAAUCAGGGCGCUCUUGUGGUACCAAGGUGAGAGCGACACGGUGGCGGAAAGCGACGCCGCGCUGUACAAAAGGAGGUUGGAGAAGUUCUUCUCGGAUGUGAGAGCUGAUCUGCAGUCGCCUGAGCUACCAAUUCUCCAGGUGGCUAUUGCGUCGGGACAAGGACCUUUCACCGAGACAGUGAGAAAGGCUCAACUCGGGCUUGACCUACCGAACGUGCAAACUGUCGACGCCAAGGGACUGCCUCUUGAACCCGACCAGCUCCACCUAACCACCCCGGCUCAAGUCCAGCUUGGCCGGAUGCUGGCCGGCGCUUUCCUCCGUUCUAUGUCUCGCUCCGCCUCGCUUGUGGGUGAAGCUUCCACGAGUGGUCCAAAUUUGGUAAUCCAUGUGUUGGCGUUCUUCAUGUGGAAAUUUGUUAGAGCAGUUUUGAUGAACAGAUGAUUAAUGAUUUUUUGGAUUGGAUGGUGAUUAAUGAUUGAUUGUUUUGGACUUAGACUGAAAAUUGCUGAAGAGCGUAGAGAAACGUGAGAUCCAAUUGUCGUUUAGAUGGAUAUACAUGAAAAAUGAGAUAAUUGCUAUUUUAGU